AUGGGGAACAGUGGUAGUUCCACAGUAGAUGAUCUGCAAGCUGUUGAGAUCCACCAUUGGUACAAAAAGUUUAUGACCGAGUGUCCAUCAGGACAGCUGACUGAGCAUGAAUUUAAACAGUUCUUUGGGCUUCGGGGGCUGGAUCCUGCGGCCAGUGAGUACAUUGAACAGAUGUUCCGCACUUUUGAUAUGAACAAGGAUGGGUAUAUCGAUUUCAUGGAGUAUGUGGCUGCACUUAGCCUAGUUCUCCGGGGAAAGAUGGAACAGAAAUUACGUUGGUACUUCAAGCUCUAUGAUGUGGAUGGCAAUGGCUGCAUUGACCGACAUGAACUGCUCAACAUCAUCAAGGCUAUUCGUGCUAUUAAUGGCUGUGACCAUGAAACUAGUGCGGAGGAGUUCACCAACCGAGUCUUCAAUAAGAUUGAUGUCAAUGGCGAUGGUGAGCUUUCACUGGAUGAGUUUGUGGAAGGAGCCAGAAAAGAUGAGGAGUUCAUGGAGGUGAUGAUGAAGAGCUUGGACUUGUCACACAUUGUGACCAUGAUCAACAACCGGCGGCACAGUGUCUAGAGCCAUCUGGGAGAGAGAAGGGUGUGUGUGAAAGAGAGACUAUGGAUGGGUGUGCAACUAGGUAAAGAAGGUGGGCAUGAGAAUAAAACAGAUAUGAUAUGUGGA